AUGGCUGUCCUCAUACUGACCACUGCCUUUGUGGCAUUUUUCCUGAGUGAGGGCCUGGUGGUCAAAGCAGAAGUUGCAACGUACAUUGCAGCUGUUUAUGAACAUCAUGUGAUUCUGAACCCUGAACCUCGUGUUCCAAUUGAGAGAGAAGCAGCGCUGGUGCACAUGAAUAAGAACUUAGAUGUGUUUGAGGAGCAAGCUGCCUCAGCUGCCAAACAGGGUGCCCAGAUUAUAGUUUUUCCAGAAGAUGGCAUCCAUGGCUAUAACUUCACAAGAAUAUCUAUUGUUGGAUACCUUGAAACAGUGCCAGACCCCAGGGUAGUUACCUGGAGUCCUUGCACAGAAUCAGACAGAUUCCCAAACACAGAGGUCCUUCAGCGUCUAAGCUGUAUGGCUUUGAAGAACCAUCUUUUUUUGGUGGCCAAUAUGCCUGAUCGCCAAGACUGUGACAACUUAACUGAUCCUCACUGUCCACCGGACGGCCGUUACCAGUUCAACACAGACGUUGUAUUUAGUGACAAUGGAACCCUCAUAGCACGAUAUCAUAAGCUGAAUCUGUUCCAUGAAGAGGAAUAUGAUACUCCCCCAGAGUGUGAACACAUCACUUUCACCACCCCAUUUGCAGGCAAAUUUGGGGUCUUCACUUGCUUUGACAUCCUAUUCUAUGAGCCUGUUAUGUUCCUGUUGAAGAAUACGAGUGUUAAGCAGUUUGUGUUCCCAACAGCAUGGAUGAACAAGCUCCCCCUGCUGGCUGCUGUUCAGUUUCAGAGAUCCUUCUCCUAUGCAACUGGGAUCACACUGCUUGCAGCCAAUCUACAGGGAAACGGGCGAAUGACUGGCAGCGGGAUAUAUACACCUUGGCAUGCUGUGUACCACCAUGACAAGGAGGGCAAGUCUGGGAAAUUACUGGUGAGCAAAGUGCCAGUCUUAGAUCCCCCUAUGAUGGAAGAUGGAGAAGAGAGCUAUAAGUUGAAACUGGUGCCUUUCUCUAGGCUUUCUAGGGGAGUGCUUUCUGAGCCGCCCACAUUCAUCUCCAACAUGAUGAAUGACAACUUUACAUUUGUGCCUCUGCAAGGCGUUGAGGGGAACUUAAAGGUGUGUGACGGCUCACUCUGCUGCCACCUGUGGUUUCGGAGGUCUGGUCCUGAGGAAGAGCUUUAUGCACUGGGGGCAUUCCAGGGGCUUCAUGCGCCUCUUGGUACAUAUUACUUGGAGGUGUGUGCCUUAGUGAAGUGCAAUGGCACGAAAUAUGGGAGCUGUGGAGUUGGGACUGACCAUGCUCAGACAGUGGUUGACUUCAGGCUACAGGGAACCUUCAGUACACAGUACAUCUACCCUGGUGUUCUGGGCAGUGAGAUGACACUUGACAGACCAGAUGAAUCUGGCUGGGAGAGCAAAAGUGAAUUCUAUAUGACUCGAAAAGGAAUGGCUACUGGACUAGUGACAGCAGUGCUGUAUGGAAGAGUCUACGAGAAGGAUGGAUAUGGAAAACGUUGCCCAUAG